AUGAGUACCAUCCCCUCUGAAACAACUUGUUCCUCCUCUCAAAAACAAUACGUUAAUGGAGAUGAUGAUCUCCUCAUUAUUGAUAAUAUCAAGAAGGAAGUCGUAAAGCUUCCCGAAGAUACCACCCAAGAAAAUAAGGAAAAUCAUCCUCAACACGCAACAGAAGAUGAAUGGCCUCGUAUCGAUGAUGAUGAGAAUGGAAGUCGAGUGCUUAUUGUACGAAGAAGUUCAACAUCAGCAUCUCCCAUCACACCCUCUGAUUCCGAUGGAGAGACUUCGGGAGAUGUUAAGUCAACUUCAUCUCCUCUCCAACUCCAUACGCUGCAAUUGAGUUCAACCUUGACUACGAGGUCCUCUCACGAGAGUUUGAGUGCAGGAGUGUUGACUAUUGGACAUCAUGGUCAUGGCACGGUUCAUUCUCCAAAUAGUCAUCACCAGAGUCAUGAUUUUUCAUCGCGUUCUCAACAAAUGACUUCCUUCUCUUCGUCGUCGAAUCAAAGAAAGAGAAAUUUGCCACAUCAUUCGAACGGUUGUAGUGGAAGCCUUUCAUGCAUCAAAGAUGACUCUGUGAUCAUGUACAAAAUAUUUUCUUUUCUCAGAUAUAAGGAUUUAAUUAGGGCAAGCAACGUGUCGUCGUUUUGGAGGAAAAUAUUGCGAGAUGCAUCCCUUAAUAUUUGUUCAACAGACACUCAAGUUCGAAACUCCAUGUUGAAACAUGAAUAUAUUGAUUUAUAUGAAAGAGAGUGCAGGAGAUUGUGGCCCCAUAAUUGUGACAUAACGAGGUAUCCGAAACUAUUUCCUUCCAACACAAAUCCAAACAAUACUUCUACUCAAGAACAAUCUGUGCCGAUCAUUGUUGGACCAUCAGAAGAAGACGAUGAUAGCAUUCAAAACAGGCCUUCCAUUCUUGAACUGGAUGUUGGAGGUUAUCGAGCCAUGCUUCUCGACGACAAUUCAGAAAAUGAACUCUUCCCUAUCGUCUUUUUGACGUUUGCCAAGAUGAGUCGCAAGAAGUAUUUGAAUAUUGACUCGUGUUCACAGGAUGCAGUAACUCGUUCAGAUAUCAUGGACAUUGGAACUGUUGAAAUUAAGCUUAACAAGAAAUUAGCUUCAAAGGCUGCAGAAAACUUUCGAUGCUUAUGUACAGGAGAAAAAGGUCUUUCCUCACGAUCCAUCCCUCUCACUUUCAAAGGUUCAACCAUUCAUAAAGCGGUCCAAGCUACCUUGAUUCAAGGUGGAGAUAUAGAAUACUCAGGUUCAUGUGGUUGGUGGAAAUGUCACAACUAUUUGGGAAAUCAAUUGUCAUCGCCGUCCGCAAGCGAACCAUGCAUUUUCAAAGAAGGAGAAGGAAAUGAAUCAAUAUUCGGUAAAGUGUUUGAGGAACUUUCUGCACAAUCGAACAUUCAUCAUGCAGGAUCUGUCUCUCUAGUCAAUGUGAACAGUGAUUUAGAGAAUUCAAGGACGUACGGGUCGCAAUUCAUGAUAUGUGUGAACCGAUGUAAAGAACAAGAUGGAAAGAACAUUGUCAUUGGAGAUGUUACAAAUGGACUGGACAUCAUUCGGAGAGUGGAAUCGGAAACUCUAUCUUCGUCACAACAUUUAGACCCUGCAGAACAAUUUGUAGUAUUCAUCAAAGAAUGUGGACAAUUCGGUUACACCGGUCCAAAUUUUGAGGAAAGUGUGAAAGAACAAUUUCGGCAAAAAAAACAAUCCGUUUUAGAGCCAGUCAAAUCGCGAACAUGCACGAUCCUUUAA